AAUAAUAAUUAACUACUAAAAUAUAGGGUGUUACACAAUCUUUAUGACUCAACGGCAAAUCCGGACCGUUCAAUUAUUAUUUAUUAUCUUACAAAAUUUUGAGGCAAAAUGCAGGGCUUAAAAAUCCACUUGCUGUCAAAAAAAAAAAAUCCACGUUAUCCAAACAAAUAUCUCAUUCACUGACUCACUUUGAUUCCUCUCCUUCUCCAUCAUCAUCUUCAACCACCCAUCGUUCGUUCCUCACACUGUAAUGGUUGUUUCAUCAUCACAUCAUCGAUUCAGGACCACAUUACUACUGCUAUGACUCUCAACUUGUCCACUCCUUUCUUCUCCUCUCGUUUACUUCCGCAUCCUCACUAUUCUUCUUCUUCUGUUCUCACCAAAUUCUCUCCAACCUGCCCCAACAACAACGCUCCUUUCCCCACUCUCUCCUUCCUCGCUUUCACACUUCCCUUCCCGCCGAGACCCCUCAACGCAAAAUCCUCCGUCAGCGAGAGCCGGAAUGAAACCUCCUCAGACGACACCGUUUCCGGCUCCGACCAAUUCGACCGGCAACUUCUGCAACGAAUUGCUGUCACCGCUAAAGACGCCGACGAGGCCUUGCAGAUGAUCGCCGACAACGCUGCUGCAACCUCAGAAGGUGGUGUCGUUUCCACCUCUGAUUGUUGCUCCAUUAUAUCCGCCGCUCUUAGCCGGAAUAAUCCCCAGCUUGCUUUGUCCGUUUUCUACGCCAUGUGGAUCAGUUUUCAUCAAGUUGGCGAGAAUGGCUCUAUAGUUGAGAGGUGGAAGUGGCCGAGGCCCAAUGCGCAUGUUUACACAGUGUUGGUUCAGGGUUUGGCUGUGUCCUUGAGAGUUCCGGAUGCUCUUACGGUGAUUAAGUAUAUCUGUGAGGUGGGCGUGUCUCCUGGUGAGGAGGUCCCUUUUGGGAUAGCUAGUUGUAGGAUAGCUGUUGCUGUUGCCCAGUCACAGCAGGGUAUUCAGGAAUUCUUCACUCGUGAUCAUGAUAGGAACAGCAGCAGCUACAGUCGUCGUCUGGUAAUUAUCACUAGCUUGAGCUUCCUGGCAGCUGCUACGGUGAUAGCUGCUUCUGUGGCAACUGCUGCUGGUGCAAUUCGUGAGCCGGAGACUCUAUCCAACAUACCCCAAACACUAUCUUCUGGUGACUGCAAGAAACCUAAGAUACAAAAACCCAAGUCAAGGAAAGCUGAGUCCUGCACAGUUAAGUGUGUCAACACUUGUAUCCGAGGCGGCGAAGGAGAAGGCCCUCUUAACAUUAGAAGGCCUCUGGUUGUUUUCAAACAAGGUUUUCGAUCUCGUCAAUACUGGAACAGAGGAUUAUAUUUUAGAAUAAUUAUACAAGCGCUGGUUUUCGACAGCCAGCCUCUCCUAGUUCUGAAAUUUGAGAGUCCAGACCUCUCCCACCAUAACAAAACUUCUGAAUGAUCCCUCAUAGGGUACAACUCCCUAUUUAUAACCAUUUCUAAUCUGUUUAUUAAAAUAUAACUGCUAUAAGACAGAAAACACAACUGACUACUAAUUAUUAACUUCCAACUGCCACAAAACUAAUUACUAAAUAAUAACUUCCUAACUGCUACUGUUCAUGCAGUUUCCUAUCAUAUUGGUCCUUGAAUUAAAAUUUUCAAUUAAAUUCAUUCCUUAACUUAUUGACAUGUGAGGUUUUGGUCUCUCAAGUCAUUUGACUGAUCAUAUGACAUGGUGAAAUAUAGGUUUCGAGUGAUGUUAAUUUUAUUCAGGAACCAAUAUCAAUAAUCAAUAAUUCUUACUAAAAAACAUUCAUUCUUCAUAAUCACAUAUUAUCUUCAUCCUUAAUCAUGUUCAUCGGGAUCCUAAAAAUUCAUUAGAAACUCAGUAGUUUCUCAUUAAAUCCAGAAAUCAACCCAGAAAUUCAUCUAUUACAAAAAACCCAGCCCCCCUUUCAAAGCCACAAUCACCAUCAACCGCCACCCCCAACCUCACAAAAACCUAGAAAUCAAUAAAUUCAAACCCUUAGAUAAAUAAUCAAAGAAUUCGAAGAACACAGUGAAAAAUAAACCAGUUCCAAAAAUUUUCUUCUUCUUCCACCUUUGCUCACCUCCACCACCCAUGCAAACAAAGAUUUGAAAAAAAUCUACACUUCCUCCUUGAGGAUAGCAUCAUUGGUACACCAGACACCACUUGAAAGGUUGACCCCAUAAAUGUGAUUCAUCUUCCCUCUAAUAACUGUUUGAGCAUGGAAAAUUGCAAUGUUCUUAUCCCAAAAUUUAACCCAUUUCUCUGAGUUUCUAGAACCAAAGAAUUUCUCCAAGGUUAGAACUUCAUUCUUCUUAUUCUCAAGGUCUUGAAGCUGUCAAGGCAAAGUAAGGGAUUGAAUGAAAGCUAUUGUAAUUGCCACGCUCAUCUUCCGUGAAAGAUAUUCCCAAAAAAAUUCUUAUUAAAUUCCAAAGAGUCCACUCUGACUUCCUCAAGAGCCCUAGCCACAUCGAGUUCACCCUGCUGCCACGCCCUCCUAACUACCUCUGGAUAAAGAGGAUGAUCCAUCCAAUGUGCUUCAAACUGAAAUAGUCUGUUAGCUCUAGCCCCUUGCUUCCUCCCACACCUGAUAAGCAUGGGACUAUGAUCAUAAUGGCCUCAAGCUAGCACCUCCACUGAACCCUCUAGAAAAGUGAGUCUCAUGUCUACUCGAGGCCAAAAGAACCAACAUCCAACAAGUGGCACUCUUGGAAAUUACGAACAAAAGCAUUGGCUCUCGACUGACUGAAAAAACCACCUUUCUGCUCUGAAAUAGUACCAAUAUCAUGUCCUUAUCCAGUCAUUUAUCUUAUCCUGCUCUUAUUCUAUUCUGACCACCAAACGGACCCUAAAAUUCAUUGCUAAUUAAUAGCCGGGAACAUUCACAUUAGAAGAAGAUACUCCCAAAAUAACUGCCAAGCCAUAAUGAGACUGCAUUCACCCCAGAACAUGACCAAGAAAUCGAACUAAUAUUAAUUUUAAGAGUCACAACCUGAGGAUGAGAAUCCACUUAGGAGACUUGACUCCACAUCAAACUUGAAAAUAGCCAAGAUAUCCCAAGUACGAGCCUCUACAACAGCCACUUCAAUGUAGCCAAUCUUUUGCCAAAACUCUUUGGACGGUGUUACGGUGGUAAGGAACAUGUGUCUAAAAAAAAACAAAUAUUUCAGAUAGCCGAAAAUUCUAAAAUAGGAUUGAAUAAUUUGUGUGUUUCGUCAUGAAAACUAAACAGAGAUGAAAGACCCACUCGGCACCCUAGCACCGAAGAUGAACAAACCAUAUCCUUUGCAACAUUAUUGAAAUUCUCCUUCAUUCUUCUACUUUCUUCUUGCAACAUUCAAGUUUGGUGGAAUGUUCAGAUAUCUGUAAUUUGAUAGGCGAUGCUGACGAUGGACCUUAAAUUUAUUUUGUUGCUGGUAUUAAUUAAUAAUUAAUUGUUACAAAGAGGUUGACCUUCAAAAGUAGUUGAAUUUUUUUUUUUCGUUUAAUAUGUCUUUUGUAUUCAUGUAAUAAUUGAGUUAGAAAAAGUACUUGCCGAGAAAUCGAUGAAUCCCUUUAUGUAGUUA